AGAGGCGGUGCUACUGUCAGUUACGUUCUGCAUUCUCUUAAAAAAUCGUCUGUUUCAAGAUUCGUCUGCUAUGUCGAGUAAACGCGGCUGGCGGCCUUAUGUCCGGAACACUGAUUUCAUUGGCACUAUCCAGCAAAGCAAUUGCGUGAAGUUCCACCUUUGCUCGUUAGUAGCCUAAUCUUGUCGGUGAAAGUCGUUUGGUAAGGUUGAUAGACUUCUUACAGUAGGAUACAAUUUGGUAACCCACACCAAAAUAGAUGUAUUAUUAUUCUGCUAUCUCAAGGAUUCCGAUUAACAAAAUUCAGAUUUAGUUUGAGUAAGCAUCUCUGAAGCAUCUCUGAGUCUAUUCAGAACUGCAGGCUAGUCUUCUACUUUCCUGGAGAGACGGAGUGAAAGGGACUUGUUGCGCGGAGUACACGUCCACCGGGACUGCACUGAGCCUUUUAUUUGAGGGGAAAACCUACUAUUAAGUCAAAUAGUGAUUCAAGUUGGUGCGUGUCGGUAAUGUUUUGAUGUCAGAGUCAGAGAAGGAACAUAACCAAUCGUGGGGUUGCUCAGUUAAUUUCAGUGUAGUCUUGCGCCUAAGCGACUUUGGGUAGAAUGGAUGUUAACUUAAUUUGAUAGACUUUAUCUGCAAUUAGGACCUUUUUUAGUAUUUACCCUAUUGGCGGUUCUAACGGAACCACCAGAGGUCAGAUGCGUUUUCGAUUCAUGUUUCGGUAUAUUUCAGGAAAGGCUCAGACUCCACUCAUGCUCAUGUAGCUAAAUGGCAUAUACAGACGGACGAGCAAUUGAAACUUAUUACGAGGCAAAACGUUGAAUUGAUUAACUUAAACUAUUAGCUCAGCCCUUGCAAUGUCUGAGCGAGACUGUCACGGAGACAGUCUGUCCAUCGAUGGAACCCAGGAGUUCGUGCCGCCAAGAGCGUCCAGGGCUGGCAGGAGGAGCGGUGUCAUCCUUCCCAUGGCUGAGCGCUCCAGCCUUGGCCAGGACACCGACACCAUCCUGCUAGAAUCGGUGAAGGCAGCCCCGCGUAGGAGCAGCAUUAUUAAGGAUCCCUCAGUGCAGAAGAUGGGUGGGUGCAGGAAGAAGACCGUGUCCUUCAGCAGCAUGCCCUCUGAGAAGAAGGUGAGCAGUGCGGCAGACUGCCUAGCCUUCAUGCAGGGGGGCUGUGAGCUGAAGAAGGUGCGUCCUAACUCGCGGGUCUACUGUCGCUUCUACACCCUGGACCCGGACCUCAGCUGUCUGCGCUGGGAGCCCUCCAAGAAGGACGGAGACCGCGCCCGCCUCGACAUGGGCACCAUCAAAGAGGUCCGCACUGGCAAGAGUACUGAGACCUUCCUGCACAACGGCCCAGCAGCAGAGCACCUGGCUGAGGAGGCUGCCUUCUCCAUCAUACACGGGGACGACUACCAGUCCCUGGACCUUGUGGCUUUGUCAGCUGACGUGGCCAACAUCUGGGUGACAGGCCUGCGCUACCUGGUGUCCCACCCAUCUGUCAUCGGAGGGGCCAGCGGGGGAGGUUUCGGGACUGGCGACGGGGGGCUGGGCCUGGAAGGCAGCCUUGGCAGCCGGAUGAGGAGUGAAUGGCUGGCAGCAGAGUUUGCCGAGGUGGACGAGGAUGGCUAUGGCAUUGUGGUCGAAGACGUGGCAGUGGCCACCAUCUGUAAGCUGUGCCCGGGCAUCAAGGAGGCCAAGGUUCGUCUGCGGUUCAAGGAGAUCCAGCGCAGCAAGGAGAAGCUGACGUCUCACGUGACGCGGGAGGAGUUCCACGAGGCCUACUGCGAGCUCUGCACACGCCCAGACGUCUACUUCCUGCUGGUCCAGCUGUCUAAAGACCGGGAGUGUCUGGACGCCCAGGACCUGCGUCUGUUCCUGGAGACAGAGCAGGGUCUGUCCUUGGCCACAACUGAGGGCUGCAUGGAGGUCGUCCGGCGCUUCGAGCCCUCAGCCCAGGGCAGGGAGAGAGGCAUGCUGGGCCUGGACGGCUUUGCCCGCUACCUGCAGUCCCCUGAGUGCCAGGUGUUUGACAUGGAGCAUCAGGGGGUGUGCCAGGACAUGACGCUGCCCCUGUUCCACUACUACAUCAGUGCCUCCUACCGCUCCUACCUGCUGGAUGACCAGGUCCACGGAAGGGCGGACCUGGGGGGUCUCACCAAGGCCCUGCAGGCCGGCUGCCGAUGCCUGGAGCUGGGAGUGACCGACGGCCCAGAGGGCGAGCCUCUCCUGGGGGUAGACUACGGUCCCGACGCCCCCCGCCACCAUCACCACCACCAUCACCACCACCACCACCACCACUACACGCCAGUCAGCAUCCGCAGUGCCCUGGAGGUGGUCAACAAGUACGCCUUCCUGACCUCUCCCUACCCCCUGCUACUCUACCUGUGCCAGCGCUGCUCCCCUUCCCAGCAGCGCACCCUGGCACAGCACCUGAGGAAGGUGUUCGGGACCCGUCUCUACACCCCAGAGACCCCGCCCGUCAGCCUGGGAGAGCGCCUCGCCACCCUGCCCUCCCCCGAGCAGCUCAAGGGUCGGGUCCUCCUGGUGGGAAAGAAGCUACCGCCGGAAGAGGACAGCUCAGAGGGGGAGGUGUCCGAAGAGGACGAGGAGAUAGGGGGCGGUGGCCCCCUGGCCGGACGCCGAAUGACCAUCCCCGGAGAAGAGGAGCUGGGCGUGGUCUUGGUGGUGCCGCCACCCCCCCAGCCCAGGAGGCUCCGCCUGUGCAGAGAGCUGUCUGGCCUGGUUAGCGUGGCUCGCACCGGGAGCCGCAGCUUCUACGCCCACCGCAGCGCCUGCAAACAAGCCCAGCAGCACUCCCCGCCCAGCACCCCCACCACCCCGGGCACCCCCCAGCCCCCCGAGCCCCCUUACUGGACGCUGUGCUCCCUGGGGGAGGGAGAGGCGGGGCGGUUGGCCAGUGAGAACCCGGAGGAGCUGGUGGGCUUUACCAAGCGCACCCUGACACGGGUGCGGCCCAGCUCGGUGCGUCUGGACUCCAGUAACCCCAACCCCCAGUGCUACUGGAAGGGCGGGGUGCAACUGGUGGCCCUCAACCAGCAGACCCCCGGCGCCAUGCUGGAUCUCCACAGGGGCCGCUUCACCCAGAACGGCGGCUGCGGCUUUGUGCUCCGUCCGUCUGUCAUGAGGGAUGAGGUGUCCUACUUCAGUGCCCACACCCAGGGCUGCGUUCCAGGUGUGCCCCCUCAGACCCUGCGGGUCAAAGUGAUCAGCGCCCACAACCUGCCCAAGCCCCAGGGCGCCGGCGCCAAAGGCGAGGUCAUCGACCCUUACGUGGUGCUGGAGCUGCACGGCGUUCCUGCAGACUGCGCCGAACAACGGACUCGCACCGCGGCCCAGAACCAGGACGACCCGCUGUUCGACGAAACCUUUGAGUUCCAGGUCAACAUGCCAGAGCUAGCCCUGCUGCGCUUUGUGGUACUGGAUGACGACUACAUCGGAGAUGAUUUCAUUGGCCAAUACAGCGUCGCCUUCGAGUGCCUUCAGACUGGCUACCGCAACGUGCCCCUGCUGGGCCUAGCCGGAGACCUCUUGCCCCACGCCAGUUUGUUCAUCCAUGUGGCGGUGACCAACCGGCGAGGGGGGGGCAAGGCCCAGAGGAGGGGGCUGUCGGUCAGGCGGGGGGUCCGGCGAGGGAGGGAGUAUGUCACUCUCCGGAACACGGGGAUCAAGGUCCUGGACGACACCUUCCGCUCAGCUAGCGCCCCCCUCAGGGAGGCCACGGACCUGCGGGAGGACGGCCAGAGUGCCACUGUCAAUUUCAAGGAGCAGUGUGGGCUCCCUCCGGUGUCCAAGUUGAAGCAGUGCAUCCAGAGCUUGGCCACCCGUCUGCAGAGCCCAGAGGGCCCUCCAGGAGCCACCAUGAUCCUGAGGGAUGGCUACCCCUGUCUAGAGCCACUGGCCAGCCUGGCCGACUCCACACGCAAGCUCCUGACCGCUUACGACACGAUGAUCUCCGCUCAGAAGCAGCUGAUAGAGAACGCGGACACCGUGCAGGAGAGGAUCGCCCAGGUGCAGAGAGAAGGGAUGGAGUUCCACGAGGAGCUGCCUCGGCUGGGGGAGAAGGAGGGCCUGAAGGGACGCAAACAGAGCAAAGCCCUGGAGAGUUUCACAUGGAACAUCACUGUGCUCAAGGGUCAGUGUGACCUGCUGCGCAGUGCCAAGGUAGACUCCCUGGACGCCCUGAGGCAGCUGGCUCUAGCCUGUGAGGCCUGUGGCCUCACCUCCACCUCCUUCUCCUCAGGGGACCACUACGUCCCUCACAGUCUGCCCACCCGCAGGGGCAGCACCCAGGGCAACGGACGCAUCUGAGCCCCCCCACCCCCUCGCACACACCACCAGGGGAAGGGGCAGGAAGGAGUGGAGAGAGAUAAGCUGAGAGGCAUAGAAGGACAGAGAGGCGGAGAACAGAUACAGUAGAGAGAAACAUCGUGAGAACGCGGAGGCUGAGUAACAGUGAAAUGAGAGAUAGAGAAACAUUAGAUAGAAAGAGUGAGUGAGAGAGAGAUGGAGAGAAAGGGGUGGAUUUAUCUAAAACCCUUCUAAAACCCAUUCCUUUAUUCAGUCCAGUGAGACUACCAGUCUAGACUAGAGGCGUGUACCUACACUAAUCUUAAGGCCUUACUAUGUGUGUGUUUCAGGGACUAAUCAGUCCAAUAACAGGCUACAGCAAGAACUCAUGAAUGUUCUCAUAUAAGUAUUAACAAAAUGUCAGGAAGGUGCGCUUGAAUUCGUCUUAAUGUAUUUCUGAUGGACAGAAGUAACAUGAAGCUUUCCUCAAAAAGGAAUCUUGACCAACUGACAUUCUGAUGACUCUGUCAAGCGAUGUGCUGUGAUGUGGUGACAGAAACUUGAAUUUCUCAAAGUCCCACUCUUUCAUGACCAAACCUGAGACAUUUCCAUUGUGACAGCCUCUCUUCCAGUCUAGUGCCCUGAAGGCUCCAGUCACCUAAUGGUCUCUUAGAGAUGACCCCAUACCGUUUCUGCUUGGGGGGGGGGGGGGCCCUAAAGGCCUGACAUUAACACCAGAGGGGGUGGGCCAAGGUGGGGGGGGAGGUGUCACUCAGAGGCUGAGUGACUUGCCUCCAUACUGCUACAGUCCUACAGUACACCCCUGGAUACUCCCUUGCACGCGAAACGUCUAAAAUGUUGAGCUAAAUCCAGUGGUGAAGCUAUCUCCCUCCAGCCCAUCCUCCCCUUUUCCACUUCAUGUUAACUCAUAAAUACUAGAGAGAGGGAACCUGAGAGGAGCUAUAUGUUGGCAGCUACUGGAGCGCCAGCUACAGGGUUCAGGGCAGCUCCGGGUCAACCCUGCAGGGCUCACAUGGCCUGGCCUGAUCAGAUAGCUCAGAUCUGGGGGACUGGGGCAACGCUGAGCCUUGGGCAGGGGAAGGAGGGGCGGAAAGGGGAACCACUUUCAGUGAGUGGUUGGGAAAAGACCUUGAUCAUAUGGUAUUUCGAAUCCUUCCAUAUACGUUGAGAAUUGAUUUGAGCCUUACUGUUGUUAAUGGUUGAGUUCAAUUGGGUUGGUUCAUUUGGGACUACAGUUUUCUAUGGGUGGUGUUCUGCUAGAUGACAGAUUCAAUGUAUUUGAAAGGAUAUAAAAUAAUAUUUGGCUCAUAUUAUGACCCUGACUGAAUUAGUAAUGUUUCUCCAUAGAGUUUAGAAAGCUCUUGUGACUGUAAGUGUAUGGACUGCAAGAAUUUUCCCCUCUGCACAGUUCCCUGAAACUGAGUGGAAUUUUGGUGAACUGUGAGUCAAUCUAAGUUAUACAAAUAUGGUGCAGGUGCUACUUACUCAUUUAUGUGUGCUUGCCCAGUUGUGGUGUUGUACUUCAAUGUAAAAUAUUCCAUUGUAAAUGUAUUUUGUUUAGGAGGUAAAAUGCUUCACACUGUAUAAAUUAGUUUCCUAACUACAACCCAGCAGUCUCCAGUGGAUUUGCUGUGGCCUUUAAAUUGAACACGGUACCAGUUUGGCCUUGUUUGAAUACUAAAUACCCAAACCAGUAUGUGUUAUAUUCAAAUGUUUUCCUGAGAAUGUUGUGGCGGCAAGGCUAAUUUGAAGGUUUGUCUCUGAGAGAGUUUGAAGAAUUCGGUCAUUGCAGUCAAAUGGUUUUGAGUUUUCUACUUGGUGCCCUAGAUUACAGAGACAGUGUUAGGGAAGAUCAGAGAGACCUGCCGGGUUCAACCCAGCCCAGAGCACAGAUAUAAAGACAGGAGAUCAUGGGGAGAAUGGGAAAUAUUCCUCAAGGGCCUGAGUAAGUUGUGAACUACACACGUGUCUAUCAUCACUGCCGUUUACGGUGUGCAUACAAACAUGUUUGUGAUAAGAAUGCUGGAAGAAUCUGACCAAAAAGCAGCUGCAUGCGUAGGGUUGGGCCUCUGAGGUGCUGGGAUUGAAGGGGCUGCAGUUAGACACCUCGUUCCUGUCCUCCCCCUCACAUCACGGUUUUAUCCAUCGCCUGUUGCCUGCUGCACCAUCCCACCUCCACCCACCCGUUCUUUUCUACCUCCGUCUAUCUAUUCCUCCAUCCCUCUCUCGCUCUCCCUGCCCGUUUUGCCCUCAGUAUUUGCAUUGUCUCUGCCUCUCUACUCUCUUUGAUUUGAUCGGAUCUUCCUCGUAUCCAUCUCUCCCUCUCCUCCUCUUUCCUUCCUGUGUUUCUAACUGUGUGUGUGUGUGUGUCAGUGAGGGCGGACAGGAUAUAGCCAACAGUGUGAUGAUGCUCUGCUCCUCUCCUCUCCCGGUCUUCUGGUUCUCUCACUGAGCCCAGGCCCACAUGUUUGAGCCAGAAAGGUGCUACUGUCUGAGUCACGGCUACAGGAGGAGGUGACCUGUGCCUGCCCUCAGUUUGUGUGUGUGUGUGUGUAUGAGAGAGAGAGGUUUGCCAGAGGAGGGUAGGUCUCUGUCUCCACCUGCAGUGCUUCUUAAUUAGCAACCGCAAAUAAAGUGACAGCACACGCGUCUAUUGACUUCUAUUAAUAACCGUCUGACUCACUGUAAGCAUGCCCUAGAAUAUCACACAUCUGUCUUUCUCCUUCUCUCUGUCUCUGUCUCAUUCUCUCCUUCUUUCUCUUCCUCUCCUAAAUCCAUGUACCUUUGUUAAAUAAAACAGGAUCAACUUACCUGUAAAGUGGCCGCUUCUACAUAAUUGAUGAGUAGCUCCAGUUUGAAGCCACCAUAUAAGCUUUCUGCCCUGCUUUACAUGGGUUUCACAAAAACAGGAAGUAGGUCGGGGGAGAGAGGGUAUCGGUGAGGGUUGAGGGACAGGUGAGGUGUGUUAAGGUGAUGGACAGAUGGAGGGAAGGAAGGGGAAGGGCAUGACGUAAUGUAUUGAUGUGAGCCUCAAUGUGUUUAACCCCUGAGGCGCAUCCAUGAAUAAAGCCACAGAGGACUAUUAUGCCUGUGCUGUAAAACAGAAGUGUUGAGAGACCUUUAUAAUCUACUGUUGGCACUCUGGUGAGACACCACAGUGCUUUACUAUCGUAACUCUCUCUAACUAACCCACCCACGUGUCUUAAACGACAGUAGUCAGUCCUCUCAGCCAGACCUGGUGUUACACCAGAACUGGAACAAAUAGAAGUUGAAUUAUUGUCAAAUGUAUUUUAAACAUGUAUUAGCUAACCCUGGGGGCCAUGGUCAGAGUUCAUAGCCCACCAGGCAUGCUUAAUUGAGCACAGAAGAAGUGUUUGAAAGGUUUUUAGGGAUUUCAUAGUCUAACUGAUCCAGGCCUAGGCCCUACCAUUCUAGUCGUGUGUAUUGAUCUCUCUUUUUCUGUUCUCUCCUCCGACUAGUAAAAUCCAUGGAUGUCUGUCUAGCGCUCUUGUCACUGUACUUUGUCUUUGUAAAAAUAUAUAAGAGAGUAUUUAUUGAAAGUGACAAUUGUGUUUUAAAACCAAUACAUAUUAAAUGGACCUUGCUUUUAUUUUGAAAAGCUACUUUGUUUUCUAUCUAAAUAACCAAAUGUAUCCCAGACUAAAUAAAAUAUUUUACUGAUCAUUA